GGGCAGCGAGGGGGCCGUGCUCCAGAACGCGGUCUCCGGAGCCAGCGGGGAAGAAAGGAGCCGAGCGGGCGGAAGGCGCCCUCUCCGCCGCCUGGGCCCGGGCACCGGGUGCCGGGCCCGGGGUCCUUCCCGCCUCCCGCGGCCGCCGGGGGCUUUGUUUCCCCCGCCUCCGCGCGCUCCGGGCUCCCGGAGAGGGGCUCCCGCGGGGGCGGGCUGCCCGGGGAUCGCGGCGGCGGCAGGAAGGGCGGCCGACCGACCGCGCAGGGACUCGCGGGGACCCAGGAGUCCGGCCGCCGGGAGGAGGGCCGCGUGAGCGACCGAGGAAGGGGAGCCAGAGCUGCGCGGCCCCGGGGGUGCGGGCCGGGGGCGGCCGUGAGCGGAGACCUCCCCGUCGAGGGGGGGCGAUGUUCCCCUCGCCCGCGGGCUCUUCGGGCAGCCGGGGCAUCCCGCCGCUCGGACCUGGGCUCCCGCAGCGGGCGCCCCCGCAGGCGGCUCCAUGGAGACCCUGUGUCCCGCUCCCCGCCUCGCGGUGCCGGCGUCCCCGCGAGGGUCGCCCUGCUCCGCGGCCCCCAGGAAGCCGCGCCUGGGGAGCCCGCAGUUCUCCCCGCUCUGCCUGCGAGCCCUCGCCUUCUGCGCCCUUGCCAAGCCCCGGGCGUCCCUGCUGGGCCUCGGGCCCGGGGAGCCGGCGCCGCGGGCUCCGUUGCCGCUGGGCCCGCGCGCCUCGCCGCGCCCCGGCCGCCGGGCCCCGGAGGGCCUGAGCACCCCCGCGGGGCAGGCCGGGCGGCCCGGCGCCCCGAGCCCCCCCGCCGGCCAGGAUGCCGCCGCCGCCGCCGCAGCGAGCCGGGCCCGCCGCGAGGAGGAAGAGGGCGGAGGCAGCUUCCCGCACCCGGGCGCCCGUUCCGGCCGCUGCCCGGCGCCCCGGAGCCCUCGGGACUCGGCCACCAGCCCCGCCUCGGCCCCGCCUAGACCGGCCCUGGCUCUGGAUCCUUCACCUGGGCCCGCCGCCGCCGCCGCCAGCCCGCACCGGGAGCCCGGCCCCACGCCGCCGCCGCCGCCGCCGCCACCUGCGGGCCCUCCCCUCCAGCCCGGGGGGCCGCCCCCGCCCGGCCAAACGGCCGCCGCGCCCGGAGCCCCUCCGCAGGCCGCCCCCGCCGCGCCCGCCGCCGGCCCCUCGACGGCCCACGGGGCCCCGGCCGCGCCCGGCAACCUCCGCCAGGAACACUUCGACCGCCUGAUCCGCCGCUCCAAGCUCUGGUGUUACGCAAAGGGCUUCGCCCUGGACACGCCGAGCCUGCGCCGGGGCCCCGACCGGCCCGCGGCCCGAGGGCCCGCCCGGGGCGCCGCCAAGAAGCGCCGGCGGCCCGCGCGCCCCCCGCGCCCGGCGCAGCCCCGCCGCCCGGCGCCCGCGCUCCCCGCCGCCAGCACCUUCCGCCUCCUGGACUGCUUCCCCUGCCCGGCCGCCCUGCUGGUGGGCGAGGACGGGGACCUGGGCCCGGCGGCCUCGCUCCGCCUGCGGGGAGACGCCGCCAAGCCCCCGCCCGCCCACCCGCUGUGGAGGUGGCAGGUGGGGGGCCCCGCCGUCCCCGAGCCCCCCGGCGUCAAGUUCUGGGGGGGCCACCUGGAGGAGGACCUCUGAACGCGGGACCUCUCUGCCAAGAGGGGAAAACGUUGGGGGUCACAGGCAAACUGCGGGCUGGUCUUCUCACGUGUUGCCUCCCCCGUUGACGUGUGAUGGGCUGUGUGGUCAGAGGGACCUCAAAUGACAGUGAUCUUCAAGCGCCUAACUGGUUGGGGUGACACCCCCUCCCCCUCAUCCACCCGAGAGGAUCUGAAGGCCGGAGUCGGGAGAAGGCUUAAAGGAAGAGUUAACGACGCAGAUUCCAGUCUCUCCGCUCUUCCUUCUCGGAUCUCUGGGGGGCCGGUGCCUUCACCCCAGAAGGGAGCACGGGACGCUGCACCUGGACGACAAGGCGGAGAGAGAUGGAGAGACCUUGGUGAUGGACAAACCGGUCGCUGUGGGCCAGCUCGGGGAUGAGGGGCCCGAGAUGGGGGUGGGGAGGUGAUUGGCAGCUCCCCGGGUGACUGGAUGCCCCCAUCCGCACCAGCUAGGCCUUUAACCCUUGACUCCCCUCAGGCCUUCCCAGCGUCCUGAGCACCGAGAAGCCUUCUUGGGGGGAAGGGGAGCAGCUUGACGAUCACCUCGUUUCCUAAGGGCCCCCAAGUCAGGAGACGCCCCUGAUUGUUGAGAUCCUCGGUCUCAGCCACCAACUUUUCCUCUUCUGUUCGGUUUUCGGGUUUCCUUCGUCAGUUUUCCUGUUUGCUCUCAGUUAAUGGGUCAAAGAGGUGUCCCUUGGCCAACCAAACCCCUCCCCCAGUUUGCUCCCCAUAUUAGAUCGCAGGAGAGGCAGGGCCCAGGGACCUCCUCCCCUGCAAAGGGCAGACUUCGCCUGGGGAAGGGGCCAGAGGUUUUCCCAGGGAAAGUAAUGGAAGGUGGAAGAAAUCAAUACAAUCAGACCCAACAAGUUGCCUUCUGAGGUCCUCUGCACGGAUUUGUGGGUGGGAGGAGGUGGAGGUAGAGGGGAGGCCUGGGUCCCUCUGGACACUAAACUCGGCCUCCUUCAGAGAUAGACACUGGAGGGGUGGGGGGGUGGAGGGAAGGCUCUGGGCCCGAACACGAGGGUCACUGGGGUCUGGAGGGGCAGCGUGGGGGUUUGGGUGGGGAGCGGGCUGCGGUACCCUCAGCUGGCCCCUUCCUUCGGCCUUUGGGGAGUUGUCAGGGACCUGAUGGAUCCGAAGGGGGCAGGGCCAGGGGAUUAGUCCUGAGGUCAGAGGUUCUGUUUUGUGGGGGGAGGGGAGAGCACGGCCUGGACCACGCCCUCAGGCUGGGAGGAUCCCUUAGGGUUGGAGGGAUGGAGGGGCUUUCUCCUCCACCCAGGUGAGGUCGGGGGAGGUGAACUCUCCGUGAGGGUCCACGUGUAGGUGUGAGGGGCACCUGGGGGCCGCGGAUCUGCCCAGCCACAUGGGGACCCGGGACCUUUCUGUCCACACCAGCGAGUCAUGCCCCCUAUCCCCACCAAACAGGGUGAGGGAGGAACAAUUCUCACAUGUGAUCCUGGGGAAGGACUUGUCUCCUUUUCUGUGAAAAUGCUUUGUAAAAAGUUAUUGUUUGCAUAGAGCAGAUCCUUGAUAAAUACUGUUUUGGACCACAAAA